AUGAAAGGCGAGGCUUCGGUCAAUCGUGGAGAUGAGAGUCGGCCACUCGUCAGCCUAGGCUGUCGAAAGCAGGCCGACAUGAUUGUGCGCCAGACGGGUUUUGCAGGAGGCCGGUUCGUCGACGAGUACAGAGACUAUGUACAUGUGGCUGGAGGGGCAGAAUUGUCUGAGAGGUCACGGAGACCCCGACGUCUGGAUCAAUUGAAGCACAGGCAGGGAAACACGUACACUCUAUUGUGCCACCAAGUCACGCACACAGUUGAGCUUUCGCAGGCCGAGUUGAGUGUCGAUUGCGUAACCGGCCGCGAGAACACCGCCCCGGACCGGACUCCGCUGCCUCUGGCGUCUAGGCUGCCACAGCUUAGUGACCCGGGCGCCAAGUCUGCUGUGAUGAGAGGGCAUGACAAGUUUAACCUGUGGUUGCCGGGGCAUGCGAACAAAUCGACACGGAUGUUGUGUCCGGAAGUACACGCAAGUCGCCAGUCACCAGUCGCCAGUCGCCAGUCGUUAGUCGCCUUUCAUGCUGCCCGUCUCGCUGCGUCCACUCCAGGCCCUGUCUUUGGGUCUGCGUGA